AUGCGCAGUGCUGGCUGGUCUGAGCCGGACUCGCAGCUCUCCGGGCAGAGCACGGUUUCCCGGAGCCACGGUGGAUCGGUGGCUUCGUUGAUUCGAUUUGGACCUUUUGAGGCCCCGCCAGCUGUGGCCUCCAAGGGGCGGGCUUCGCAGGAGGGGCGUCGUGUGCCAGCCUUCGGAUCGCCCAGCGACUCUUCCUCGCCCACGGGCUCGCCAGGAGGAGCAUCAUCCCCCGGAACUGCGCUCACAGAGCCCCCUGCAGCGGAUCCUGCUGAUGCGCUCACGGCGGUGCCGAUGGCAGAGCCAAAAGCAGAACCGAAAGAGGAUCCGAAAGAGGAGCCCACGCUGAAGGCUGGAAAGGAGGACGAUGGUAGCAAGACGCCAUCCAGCGCAGUGGAAGAGCUUUCGACAGGCACCAGGAAGACGCUCUCCGAGAAGGAUGCGGCUGGCUUUGCCAAGCGUUUGACAGAGUGGGCGAAGGAUCGCGACAAGCGGCGGCACGACCUCCAUGAGCAAGCCCGCAGCCAGGCCGGCUCUGCACCUCUGUGA